AAAAUGACCCACCAAUGGAGGCAGCUGGCUUCACUGCUCAGGUGAUUAUCCUGAACCAUCCAGGCCAAAUCAGUGCCGGAUAUGCACCUGUCCUUGAUUGUCACACAGCUCACAUUGCUUGCAAAUUUGCUGAGCUGAAGGAGAAGAUUGAUCGUCGUUCAGGGAAAAAGCUGGAAGAUGGCCCCAAGUUUUUGAAAUCUGGUGAUGCUGCCAUCGUUGACAUGGUUCCUGGGAAACCCAUGUGUGUUGAGAGCUUCUCUGACUACCCUCCUCUUGGUCGCUUUGCUGUUCGUGACAUGAGACAGACAGUUGCCGUGGGUGUCAUCAAAGCAGUGGACAAGAAAGCAGCUGGAGCUGGCAAGGUUACCAAGUCUGCCCAGAAAGCUCAGAAGGCUAAAUGAAUAUUAUCCCCUAUA